UGACAUCACCCAUUGUUCAUCAUUGUAUCUCUCUUCAUACAUACAACACGUCGAGUUCCACCGCCCCAUCUCGACUCAACCGAAAGUUACGAAAGCUACUCUCGUUCAAUCUUUUCGUCCACAAACAUCUUCAAAAUGGCAGAAGCCAAGCUCCAGAAGCUAAAGGUUACCGACCUCAAGGAGAUGCUCUCCAAGGCAGGCCUCACGCAAUCUGGCAAGAAGGAGGAUCUCAUCAAGCGCCUUCUUGAUGCUGGAAUCACUGGCAACGAUCCCGAAGAGCUAGUGGACCCCGACGUCCCUGCGUUGGCCCCCGCUGUCCAGGCUCCGGCUGCCUCGGCUUCCGUUGCCCCGGCCAGUACCCUCGCGGCUGAGCCUGCAGGUUCUGCUCCUGCGGCUGCCGUUGUCCCCGCAGCUCCGCCAUCCGGAGUAUCUUCUGCCCCUGACGCUCCUCCUGCGAUUGAAGACGAGCCCAAGGAGGACGAGCUCACCGAGGAAGAGAAAAAGCAGAAGGCGCGCGCUGAACGCUUCGGCAUCCCCUGGGUGAGGCAGAAGAAGACAGCAGCAAUCCCCGCUGCCACGACGCCGCCGGGGGAGAAGCCCGCGGCCCAGCCCAAGGCCGAGCAGGAGAAGCCAGCCAAACCUGCAGCCAUCGAUGCGACGCCGCUCGGCAUCUCGCCCGAGGUUCUGGCGCGCCGCGCAGCCAAGUUUGGAUUGCCGGAGAAGAAGUCGUCACCGGUGAAGUCCCCGGCCAAGGAGGAGACGAAGGAGCUGAGCACAGAGGAGGCCGCCCGUCUUGCGGAGGAGGAGGAGAAGAAGCGGAAACGUGCCGAGAAGUUUGGAGUCGCCACGAAUGGGAGCAACGAGCCCAACGUAAAGAAGGUCAAGGUCUAGGUGAGUCAGGUAAGGAUGUGUGGGUUGCGAACGUUUGCCUGCCGAUUCUGCCAAUGAUCUGUAUGCUCGUGUUGUAGCGACGCUAGAUGCAGUGUGCUUGUG